UAUACCUUGGUAUUUUGUGAACCUCGGUCACGUGGCUCGUUAAAUACAUAUCUACGAGCUUGUAAUCAGUAGUCGGUUUAACAUUGGUGACUGUUCUAUGUGUCUUUUGUUUCAGCCGCUAUAAGUAAGUUUUUUUAAUACUUUGAACUCUGUCACUACAGUCAUAAUGUAGGGAAAACAGCUUAGAAAUUCAAAUGAACCGUAAAAACAAAGCUGAAUUUUAAUCAUUCAAUUUUAAUAGUAGAGCGUGCAAAGAGCAACAAGAAAAUAUUGAAUCGAAAUUUUCGAAUCUCAAACAAUUAAGUUAUUGUAAAACAAACUGAAUGCAAUCCUUUUUCAAGGUAGUGUCACCGGUCGUGUCUGCCGUCCCAUCGGACUAUGAGAAUAAGGAAAUAGAGAGUGCACCUGUGCUUGCGCACACACUUGUGUGCUGUAUGAUAUAUCCUGCGUUUAGGGUUAAUGUCCACAUGACAAAACUUUUUUAACAUUCUCUUUUUAUGACUCGUUGAUACGUCUGUCAAGUUGUGAAAAAGAAGAAACGACUUGCGAUAUAAGGCGCUCGCCGUACGGUCGUCUUCAGUGUGCUCGUGGCGUUCGAGCCGUCUACAUUUCUUGUUGUGUGGUUCUUUAUGGGUUGCUUGAGAUAGGCUAGGGGAGUGACUUGAGUGGAAAAGGGGAGUAUUUGUUAAUAGUCAAAGGGCCCUUUAACCCUACACACAACGUUCACAAGUGCGUGACUUCACUCAAGGUCAUUCUCUGCUAUUCUAGGGUCUUAUUUAGGUUACAGUUAGAUUUGUUAAUUAAGUUGUCAUUUUUCUGAGUAGUUUGCUAAAAAUAUAUUAUUAUUUGUAUGUAGGUGUAGUAACUAACGAUGUGGAUAGUGAUACUUCCGCUAGUUGCUUUGUGUUGCACUGCGUGGUGGGUGAUCACCAACAAAGAUGAACCACCGGCGUAUCCUGGCUACCUGCCUCUGAUAGGGCACGCUCAUCUACUCAUUGGAGACAGUAUAAAAUUAUGGAAUACAGUGAAGGAACUAUCCUACGAGAGUUUGAAAGCUGGCGGGGCCAUAGCAGUGUCCAUAGGUCCUCGGACGAUUUACGUUGUGACGGACCCAGACGACUAUCUGACCGUCGCUAACACGUGCUUACAAAAAGACAACUUUUACGAAUUCGCCAAACCGUGGCUAGGGGAAGGACUAGUCACUGGUGACUUACCGAUAUGGAAGGUGCAUCGAAGGCUACUGAACCCAGCGUUCAGCCAGGUAGUUCUGGACGGUUUCUUGGGCGUGUUCAACGGCCAGUCUCGGCGCCUCGUCAGAGAUCUGGAGGCUGAAGUGGGCAAAGGACCGUUUGACCACUGGGUGUACACCCGCCAUAAUGCUCUGGAAACUAUAUGCUUAACUGCACUGGGGGUGGACUUCACAGACAAGAGCGUGCUGAACAGCGAGUAUGUGAAUGCAGCGGAACAGAUGUUCAACAUCCUGGUGGACAGGUUCCAGAGGUUCUGGCUGCACAGCCACUGGCUCUACAGCUGGUCUGGCUUGCGGACGAAACAGGACCAGUGUCUGAAGAUCUUGCACAACAUGUCUAACACUGUCUUACAAAAGAGAAAAACAGACUAUUUGAGAAACAGAGAUUGCAAGGAUGUUGAACAGAAGACAAAAGGUCUAAAAUUCAAGCCUUUUAUGGAUCUCCUUCUGGAACUGGCAAUAGAGAAGGGUGCCUUCAACAACCGGGAGAUCAGAGAACACGUGGACACAAUGAUAGUAGGUGGUCACGACACCUCCGCCAGCGUGCUCAUGUACACCAUGCUGAUGAUCGGGUCCUACCCUCAAGUACAAGAGAAGAUUUUCGAAGAACUGAACAGCGUGUUCGGAGAAGAGGACAGGGAUGUGACGAAGCAGGACCUGUCCCAGCUGGUGUACCUGGAGGCUGUGCUGAAGGAGACCAUGCGGAUCUACCCCAUCGUGCCCGUCACAGCGAGACGCCUUGACAGAGAUGUCAAGCUACGAAACUACACUCUAACGAGAGGGCGGACGUGUUUCAUGUUUGUGUAUGGGGUCCACAGACACCCCAUGUGGGGUCCGGACGCUGAGGAGUUCAAGCCGGAGCGUUGGCUCGACCCCGCGACAUUACCUGAGUGCCCCACCGCGUUCGCUGGCUUCAAUAUGGGAAGAAGGAUUUGUAUAGGAAAGUCUUACGCCUACAUGUCAAUGAAAACGACCCUAGCGCAUGUGUUCCGACACUACAGAGUGUCCGGAGACCACACCAAACUCGUCGCCAAGAUCGACGUCAUGCUGAAGCCGGUCUCGGGACACUACGUCACCAUAGAGCGGAGAAAAAUGUAAUGCGCUGCCGUUCAAUGUAUCCGUAAUAUACAAACCGUGAUAAAAUAUGUACCAAAAUAUAACAAAAUAAUAAUAAAUUCUUAUUCAACUCAGUAAUAAAUUCAUCAAUGCUUGAUCGAAUCAGAAAUGAGCUGUGUCAGUGACUGACAUAGCGAGUCGCGAAGCAGAAGUGGCAAUGGACAGGCAAUGUAGUUCGAAGAGCCGAUGGACGUUCGGGUCCCAAGAUUCUGGAAUGGCGACCCCGCACCGGAAAGCACGGUGCUGGUCAACCCCCCAGUAAAUGGAUCGAGGAUAAAAAGACCAGUGAAUUUUACCUGUCUGAACUUACGAUGCCGAAAAAUGGACACUGACAGCGAGGCUAGUCCACAAACUCCAAGUCACUCAGCGUGCUAUGGAGAGAGCUAUGCUUAUCUCUUUGAGGGAUACAAUCCGCAACGAAGUGAUUCGAUAACGAACGAAAGUAACAGAUGUAGCUCUCAGAGCUAGUACAUUGAAGAGGCAGUGCGCUGGUCAUGUCUGUCGAACGACUAAUGGUCGUUGGAGUCGUAAGGUCCUUGAGCGAAGUGUGAGGAGGAAAAAGCCAAAGAUAGGGCUGGCGCUGCUUAAAAUAGGCCUAUGUCCAGCAGUGGAUAUAUAGUGGCUGACGAUGAUGAGGCAAGUUUUAUUUAUCAAACAAGAACUGAUUAAAAUUAAAUAACAACGGGUUUAUGAUUAAGGACCUGGGUAUUAUGAGAAUUGUCCAAAUAAAUCACUUUAUCUGUAAAAUAAUUAUUUAGGUAUGUGUGUUUUGUUCUACAAUA